UCCACCUCUCACCUCCUCCCAAUCUGUCCCCUCAGUGCAUUUCCUUGGCUGCCAGCACAGGGUGUGUCCCCAGGGCACAGGGCACAGGCUCAGGGCACAGGGCACAGGACUGGGCUUCACAGCUGGUCCAGGAGAGAACAUGGCCAGACAGUGGCCGCUGCUGCUAGCCUGCCUCCUCCUGUCUGGGUUCCUGCUCUCAGAGGCUGCCAAAAUCCUGACUGUAUCCUCACUGGGUGGAAGCCAUUAUUUACUGCUGGACCGGGUAUCUCAGAUUCUUCAAGAUCAUGGACAUAAUGUCACCAUGCUUCUUUAUGGAGGAGAUUAUUUAAUCCCAAAAGAGAAGGAAAGUGUAUACCACGUUAUCAGUUGGCUUCUAUCUGAGGAACAUGAAAAAGAAUUAAAGAAAUAUUUUGACUUGUUUAUGAAAGAAGUUUUGCAGGGCAGAGAAGCAUUUGACAACCUUGUAAAGUUAAUGGAACAACUGGGGAUUCAAUGCAGUAAUUUGCUAAGGAGAAGUGACAUCAUGGAUUCCUUAAAAAAUGAGAAUUUUGACUUGGUAUUUGUUGAAGCAUUUGACUUCUGUUCUUUUCUGAUUGCCGAGAAGCUUGGGAAGCCAUUUGUGUCAAUUCUUCCCACCCCCUUUGGCAGUGUGGACCUUGGGCUACCAAGCCCUGUGUCUUAUGUUCCAGUAUUCCAUUCCUUGUUAACUGACUGCAUGGAUUUCUGGAGCCGAGUGAAGAAUUUUCUGAUGUUCUUUGAUUUCUUCAUGAAACAAUGGCAAAUCCAAUCUACGUUUGACAAGACCAUCAAGGAACAUUUCCCGGAAGGUGCUAGGCCAGUUUUGUCUCAUCUUCUAAAGAAAGCAGAGCUGUGGUUUGUUAACUCUGACUUUGCCCUUGAAUUUGCUCGGCCCCUGCUCCCCAACACUGUGUAUGUUGGAGGCUUAAUGGUCAGACCUGUUAAACCAGUGCCACAAGAAUUUGAGAAUUUCAUUGCCAAGUUUGGAGACUCUGGUUUUGUCCUUGUGGCCCUGGGCUCCAUGGUGAAUCUCUAUCAGUCCCGGGAAGUCCUCAGGGAGAUGAACGGUGCCUUUGCUCAUCUGUCUCAAGGGGUGAUAUGGAAGUACAAUCCUUCUCACUGGCCUAAAGAUGUCAAAUUGGCAGCAAAUGUGAAGAUUGUGGACUGGCUUCCCCAGAAUGACCUCUUGGCUCACCCACGCAUCCGUCUUUUUGUCACCCAUGGUGGGAUGAAUAGCAUAAUGGAAGCCAUCCAACAUGGUGUGCCCAUGGUAGGGAUUCCUGUCCUUGGAGACCAGCCUGAAAACCUUGUCCGAGUAGAGGCCAAAAAGUUUGGUGUCUCUAUCCAGCUACAGCAGAUCAAGGCAGAGACAUUGGCUCUGAAGAUGAAGCAAGUUAUAGAAGACAAGAGGUACAAGUCAGCAGCCAUGGCUGCCAGCAUCAUCAGGCGCUCUCACCCCCUGACCCCUGCCCAGAGGCUGGUGGGCUGGAUCGAUCACAUCCUCCAGACAGGGGGUGCAGCACACCUCAAGCCCUAUGCCUUGCAGCAGCCAUGGCAUGAGCAGUACCUGCUGGAUGUCAUCUUGUUCCUGCUGAUGGUCACCCUGGGCACCCUGUGGCUCUGUGGGAAGCUCCUGGGCAUGGUGGCCAGGUGGGUGUGUGGGGCCAGGAAGCAGAAGAAGGCCUGAUGGAGGUUCAGCCUUGACAGGUGUUUGGGGAGCCACUGGUUGCAGAUGGCUUUCCCCAGCACAGGACAUCCCUGGUGUCUUCUUUGUAUUAGUACUGAGGGUAGCUUGCAAAUAUUGUUUCACUAUUUUCUCCUUGUGUUUAAAAAUUCUUGUGAAGGGAAGCCCAGGUGGCUCAUCAAUUUAGCGCUGCCUUCAGCCCAGGGCGUGAUCCUGGAGACCCGGGAUCGAGUUCCACAUUGGGCUCCCUGCAUGGAGCCUGCUUCUCCCUCUGCCUGUGUCUCUGCCUCUCUCUCUCUCUCUCUUUUUCUCCGUGUCUCCCAUGAAUAAAUAAAUAAAAUCUUUUAAAAAAUUA